AUGUCUUCAGAUGGAACUCAGGGACCCGUGCUUGUCCGCGGCAUCAAGGCAGACAAUCCAGCCAAACCUCCCGUGCGCAUGGAAGUGCGCGACAUGAUCAAGGACCAUCCUGAUCAGUGGAAUUUGUAUCUCUUGGGCUUGGAGAGGUUCCAAAACUCGGUGACAGAAAGCGCGCCUCUCUCCUUUUUCGAGAUCGCAGGUAUCCAUGGGCUUCCGUACAAGAAAUGGCCAGACAGGGACUGGAACAACAAGAUGGUCAGAGUCGACAAUGAUUUCGGCGGAUUCUGCACUCAUAGCUCGAUCCUCUUCCUCACUUGGCACCGUCCAUAUCUUGCUCUAUUCGAGGCCGAGCUGUACAAGCACGUCAACGCCGUCGCCAACGACUUUGAUGAGAAUGAGCGUCGAAGCGACUAUGUGAAGGCGGCCAAAGACUUCAGAAUGCCAUACUGGGACUGGGCUCGACCUGACCUUGGAGUCUUUCCAGCAGAGGCUACAUCCCAAGCUAGGGUCCAAGUCAAGCGUCCCCAUAAUAACCAGAAGGAUUCUCGUAUCGAACCAAACCCACUGGCAACCUACAAAUUCCGAGAGUCGCGCACGAAUACGAGCAUCAAUCAGUUCCCGAGGGUCGGAGGCACCAUUCGUUACCCUGACCAGCCCAACAACAAUAGGAUGAUCCAGAGACUGACACAGUUCUUUUCUGGAACCGACCCUCAACAGGCUUCAAGAGGCAAGAAUUUGACGGAGCGUGUUAUCUUCAUCCUUCAGUCGUAUCGUGACUUUGGAUCUGCUAUCGAAGAUAUUCAUAACGCUAUCCAUACCUACUCUGGAGGCAGUGGGCACAUGGGAAACCCAGCAAUUGCCGCGUUUGACCCCAUUUUCUGGCUCCAUCACACCAACGUCGACCGGUUGUUCGCCAUCUGGCAAGCUUGCCACGACAACCCCAACGAUCCAUCCACCUAUGUGACUGACCAACGUGCGGGCGAGAGUUGGGGUAACUUCAUCGUCAAAGCCGGUGACCCGGAGACGAUCAAAACCCCGCUGGCUCCAUUUGCCCAGUCUGGUACGAAGGACAAUCAAGUCUUCUGGACGUCCGAGGGUGUCAGAUACACCACUGAGUUUGGCUACGUCUACCCGGAGACUCAGUCCUGGAAGUUCCCCACCAAAGAGUCCAUCCUUAACGAGCUGGAUCGUGUCUAUGGCAAGACUGCCUCCUUUGCCAAUAUCUUGAGGAGUGGCGAUGAAGACUUCAAAUCCUCCACCGAGGAGUUCAAGAGUCGUGCUAAGGCACAUUUGAAGGCUGAGAACUCCCCAGUCUCGGCCUCAACCUUCUCGCUGGCUGCCGAACAAGAUGAGCAAAAGCCACUCCAAGAGACCAAUGAGCCAGACGAUUUAAGUCUUCCAGAGGGUCGUGAACUGAAGAGCUUGAUCGGUACCGACAACAAGUACCUCGAAUGGCUUGUCAACAUCAAGGCUGAAAAGGCCGAACUCGGAGGCAACUACGUUGUCCACGUGUUCUUGGGCAACCCCGACGAUUCGAUUCCCUUGUUGUAUGUGACCAACCACUCUCACGUCGGUGCCUUUGCCACCUUCGGCCAAGACGAGAACACCUCGUGCAAAAACUGUCAACAGGGCCGUGCUUCAGGGCAGAGAAUCACCGGCCAGGUCCCUCUCACUCUCGCUCUCGUCGAGCGAUAUGUUGCCGGCCUGAUCGAUAGUCUUGCACCGCAGCAUGUCAUCCCUUACUUGCAGAAGAACCUCCACUGGCGUGUCACAUUGCCCAAUGGUGAUCUCCAGGCCAGGAGCAACCUCAACAACCUCUUGGUCAGUGUCGUUACGAAUGAGGUGACCAUUCCUAGCAACCCUUCGGAUCUUCCACGAUACGCCGAUGAGGUGAUUCCCCAACCAGAUGUCACCACUAACCGUGCGGGAAGUGGCCGUGGCGAUGGAACCGGUUAUGAUGGCACCAAUUUCUAG